AUGUCACGCAAAGAUAAGCAAGUUGGUCGACCUAUUACUAUGAAUCCUUUUACAAUUGCAGCACAAGCAAAAAAGCGAUAUUAUGAUAAAUUAACUGAUAGUGAAGAUGAAGCUACUAUAAAUAUCACAAGCUCUCUAACGUUAAAUAAUAAUAGUGAAAAUCCCCAACCUAAAUUAUCACAUUUAUUAAGAGAAAAUCUUAAAUUUAAUCAAACUUGGUUAAUUACAUACCCUUGGUUACGUUUUGAUGAAGAUAAAAAACUUAUGUUCUGUAAUUGGUGCGAAGCUGCCAAAUAUACAAAUAUAUUUGUAUCUGGAUACCAUCAAAAAACUUUAAAAGCACGAUCUGAAACACAAUUAAGUAUAGUUGCAAGUUUUACAAAACAACUUGGAAUUGACAAACUUCGUGUUAUACGCAACAUGAUUAAUAUGUAUUGGUUAAUUCAGCAUAAUAUAGCUACGCAUACAAUUACUGAUCUUUGUAAUCUUAUUGAUCAGCAAAUCCAAAAUGCUCAAGAAUUACAUAUAUCAUCAAAUAUUAAUAUUUUAAAAUUUUCUUCAGCAUUACAAGAUACAAGCUUAAUGAGAAACACUUAUGGUUCUUAUAACAAUAAUCAUGCUGGAAGAGAUUUUAUUGACGCAAUUGGAAAAGUAAUUGAAGAAGAA